GUUCUUGGCAGCAAAGGUUUUUUGCAUUCUGAUUAAAAAAUAGAAAAGAAAUACUACCUUUUGGUUGAUUGCGAAAUAAAUAUAAAGCUGCAGUAAUAGUGACAUAAUGCAAGAAUGAAAAGUAAAGAAGAAGUUUUAGGUUAUGAUUCUUCACGUGUACUUGUUAUGAUUUUUAUUGAGUCCAAAUAAAAUUUAAAUUUCAUCAUGAAGAAUAAAUCAACUCGUCACAAGGAACAGAACACGUUCAAGUUCCAACCAUUUUCGGAAAGAAUCGCUACUGUAGACGUCAAUAUAUUCCAUAAAGUUCGCCACGAGUACGAGUCCCAAUCAGAUGAGACAGAAAGUUGUUUUUACCAAGCUAUUCAAAAAUGGGAUGUUUUAAAUUUAACCGAGGGUUAUGACAAUUUUAAAAAAGAAAUUCGGGUGGAGAAUCAUAUUACUUUGCCUCAAAUAUUAUUAUCAAAAGAUCAUAUUAUUGAAAUUCUUUUAAAGCAUUUGCGACUGAAAAAUCCGUUAUGCCUUCAACCGUUGCUGGAGCUCGUAGUCGCAGUAGCUCAGGAUUUGCAAAAAGAGUUUUAUAAACACUAUCCCGAGUUUUUGGAAGUGCUCAUCAGCUUAUUGAGUACAAAGGACACUGAUCAACUGGAGUGGGCAUUUCAUUGUUUAGCUUAUUUAUUUAAAUUUUUAUGGAGACCAUUAAUUAAAAACAUUAAUAAUGUUUUUAAUUCACUUUUGCCUCUUUUGUCGGACAGUCGACCUGAAUAUAUUAAUUCAUUUGCUGCUGAAAGUUUUGCUUUUAUUGCCAGAAAGGUCAAAGACAAGGAAGGAUUUUUGGAACAUUUGUUAAAAGCUGUUACAAACAAAAAAGAUGGAAUCUCAGGUUGUGGAAAACUACUGUUUGAAGUUAUUCAUGGAGUAAAUGGACAAUUUCAUAGUUGUGCCGAAAGUUUCUUACCAUUUUAUUUGCAAUCGCUAUGUAAUGACCUGUAUUCUCAAGAAACAUUUUUUAAUAUUGUUGAAGAAAUUGUAUCCAAUAUCGCCAUACACAUUCAUCCUCAAAAGACUGAUUUGUUGUGGGAGAGCUUCAUAGAUAUAUUAUCAAAACUUUUGGAUGACUUUCUUGCCAACAAGAAUCGCAUAAUUGACAAUAAAAUUGAAUUAAUUUUCAAACUAAUGGAUCAAACGAUUAAAUUUAAAGAUGGCAAGUUGUUACGCGAACCCACAAAGGUUUUGCGGUUGCUAGUACAAUUUUUGAGCAGUCCAAAAUGGACUGACCCUGUGUUGCUGACAAUAAUUCAAAUUUCCAUAACACUGUUGCUCUCAAAGAGCAUUCAAUUACCACAGGAGCAAGUUUCGCAAUUGCUACGGAAGCUUCUUUUGCUAGAAAAUGAUGAAUUAUUCUUAUAUUUUGUCGAUAAUAUUAGUAUGUGCACUUCAUUUGAAUUACUAGUACUUCCAAAUUUUCUUAGGAAGUGUGCCGAGCGGGAAUUGGAAAAAAAAUUCCUGUAUGCUUUAACCAAAUUGGUGCUUAAAAAAGCUCCCUUAUGUGCUAGCGGAAUAUUACUGCAGAAAUGGGUAAAAUAUCCUCUAGAUUUCAGAGAAUCGAGUGAAGGGAUUUUUGAUUUAUUUAUAAAGUGGUUGAAUACAAGCAAUCCUAUGGAGGACUUAGAAACAUAUUUUUGUAGCAUUGUAUGCGUUCCACAUUUGAUUUUAACAUCCCUUCAAAGAAAUAAGAUCUUAAAUUGCUUAGAGCAGACCAUGCAGGCAUUACUACGCACAUUUGUAGAGGAUGUGGUAAAUAUUAAAGUAAAGCUAUUCAUAUUAAAUUUGCUAGUAGAAUGUGCCCUGCAUUUGAAAGGUAAACCAAUUUUAAAGAAACAUUUUAUUGACUUGGUCGAUGUUUUGCUGAAGUUUUCAGCUGACAUAAAUUUCGUCAGUGCUCUUAAAACGCUUAGCUUAUUAAUAUCCGUCUUAGGAGAUGAUGAAGAGAUUGCUACUAUUGAUUUGUUGAAGAAGAUUGAUAAACAGUGUGCUCUCAAUUUUAACUCGCCAUAUCAUGAGAUGCGGCUUUUUACAUCUUAUAUUUACACAUUCUUCGAACAAUUGCCUUACUUCAGGAUUAAACAUUCUUCUGAUCCAGGCAUAAUUCCCGAGAAAUUUAAAGUGUUUUCCCUGUGUCAUGCAGUUGAGUCGAUAGAUCCUCAAGUCUCAACAUAUAGAGAGCAACUUCAGUUACUUGAGAAACUGAACUUUAACAAACCUCAAAUGAUAAUAUGUAAUCAAACUGACUUCAAUUUACUGCCGCUUAGAUUUUUAUGUGGCGUGCUAUAUAUGAAUUUCCAGUUGCUUUGGGAGCCGGUAUCCAAAAUUAUUUCCUCGCACGCGCAUGGUCUUAAUAUUAACCAUUUUUGGGAUGUUUUUGGUCAAGAAUUAAAAAAUGUCGUUUCUACUCUGAGAGAUGGGGAAAAUGUUGCAAUCAGUGAUAUUGAGUCAGAAUUUGAAACACUGAAGGAGAUAUUUCAAACUGCUCAGCAAAUAUCUACCAAACCCGACUUCAUUAACUACAGAUUGUUGCUCUGGAAGAGUUUGAUGUUAUUUCCAAAUGUUGCUGAAGCUAAAACAAGAGAUGUGUCUGGAUUGUUAUUAGAUUUUGUCGUAUCUGAAUAUACAAAAUCGAACUCCGAAUUAGCCACAUAUUGUAGCGUCAAAGAGUACUUUAAGGAAAAUGAUGAGCAUAUUGAAGAGGCGGGUGAAAACAAUCCACUUGAAAAAUCUGAAGGGUUCAACAAAAAGUUGUAUGGUAAAAUUCUCAAGAAACCUGGACGAAAAGUUAUUAUUAAAGUGUUACUUCACAAACUUGCAGUAUUUUCACAAAUUAAAAGUCCAAAAUCAAUGUACCGGGAACCAGAGCUUUACAAAUUAUACUUUGAUCUCCUCAAACACAAAAAUGCGGACAUCCAAAAGGUCGCAUUAGACUGCAUUAUGACUUACCGGUUUAAAUACUUAGUACCUUACAAAGACAAUCUUUACAAUUUAGUUGACGAUAAAAAUUUCAAGCACGAAAUAACUAAUUUCCGUAUCGAUCAAGACAGCGAUAAAGUUUUGAGUGAGCAUAGAGAAAAACUCGUGCCUGUCAUUUUGCAAAUAGUAUUCAGCAAAAUGAGCGGUAAAACUGGACUUAGAACUGGUGGUAAAGCGUCCGGUCAACUACGCAGAAAUUUAAUUUUGAGGUUUUUGGCGGGAUGUCAAGAGAGCGAAAUGUUGCACUUUCUUGAGAUGUCUUUUAAUUUGUAUGCUAAAUACCUAAAGGAAAAUGACGAAGAGCUAGUUAGAUCAGUGGCUGAAAAUAUCGAUUUGGAAAAGUCUUUACCUCCAAAAAAACUGCUUAGCACUGUAAAUUUGCUGAAUGUGAUACUGGAUCAGUUUGGAGGACUAAUGGGUGACAGAUUAUUGACGUAUUUAUUAAAAAUAGUGUUUGUUAUUGGCGCCUCAAUUAAAGGGACUUAUGAUCACAUCACAGAUCUACAUGUGGGAUAUUUGGCGAUAUUUAGGACUCUCCGAACAUCUUGCACAAAAAUUUUGGAAAGUUUUUUUCGACACUUCGACAAAUAUCCCUGGACAAAUUGUCAAAUAAAUGCUGUGUUUUACACAUUUGUAUGGCCUUAUUUGGACAAAUUGAAUGUUGAAGGCAUACAUAGUCCGACUUCUAUGUUGAAAUUGUUUAUACAAUGGGGUUCAAAUCCAAAAUACUUCAGUCUUUUAGUGAAAUACAAGCAGUGCGACACUAGUCAAUACAUCUUGCCACAUAUUUUCAACUUGUUGGUUAAUAACAAGAGUCAUAUUUCCGUUGUUAACGCCAUUUACGAAAUGAUUGAAUGCAUGCUUCGAUAUGUGCCAAAUGAUGAAGAGCAGAAUCGUAAAAUAACUGUGGACAAUGAAUUGACAAUUGACACGUCUAUUUUGGAAAGAGUUAAAGUUAACGAAAAGCUUAACUAUGGCAGCUGCAUUUUGUUGCCACAUAUUCCUCUUAUACUUCAAAGGGUCAAACGAAAAUUAGAAAGCGGAAACAGGACGUUGAACAACAGAGAGCUUUUUAUCUUAUCCAGAAGUUCUGAACUUGUUUGGGAGAGUGACAUAAGCAACAAGAUUUUGCAGUUGCUGUUACCCGUGGUUAGAAAAAGAUGUUCUGCUGACGAAGACGUCCUGUUGCAGUUUUUGACCAGUGUUUUUAAUUUGAUCCAAAAUAUUGAUGCGCCUGAAACACAUCUAAAGCAGCUGGUUCCGAUGUUUGGGGAGGUAGUUCAAGUGUCUUGCAGGAAAAUGUUAAUAAAAAUUUUGGAACUGAUUACUAAAAAAUCGCAGUGUGAGCGGUUAAGUUUGGUUUCUAAUUUAGUGACAGAACUGAAUGCGUGGGAUAUUAAAUGGGUAGAUCAACCUGAUUUUGAAAGGCGACAUCAUGCUUUUAAAAAGAUUCAGGAAGCUGUAGAGAAUAACAUGAUUGACGUAAAUGUAGGCACCAUAUUAAUUUAUAAUUUGUUCUUUAUGAUAAGAAAUGAAAAGGACUUGGCUUUGAGAGACAACUCGUCCCACACUCUGAAAAGCCUUUCUCCAUACCUUAUUAAAAAAUAUCAGAAUAGUCAAAAGGAUAUUGAUUAUAUAUUAAAUGAUUGUCUUUUUAAUCUAAUUAGAAAUGGCUUAAGGGCGCAAAGUACCAACGACCUUCGCAACGAAAGCAUCUCACUUCUAGGUCACUUAGCCAGAGAAUGUGCAGAAAGUAACUUCAUUUUAAGGGAUCUAAACAAAUAUACAAAUAAGGAAGAUCUAGAAGUAGACUUCUUUGAGAAUUUAACUCACCUACAACUUCACAGACAUGCUAGAGCGUUACUAAAAUUCUGUCAAGUUACAAAAGAGGACAUUGUUGUAGUAAAUCCACGCACGCUCACUCAAUUUCUGCUUCCUCUAGCAUCACACUAUUUGUGUUCCGAGAAAUUUGUCGGUAAAAACAGUGUGAUUGAUGCUGCCAUUGAAAUGGUUGGUACUAUAUGCAGAAUAUUACCAUGGCAUCAAUAUGAAGGAGUACUGAAAUAUAGCCUGUCGAGACUCAGAUAUAAAGUAGAGUAUCAGAAGCAGUUGGUCAAAUUGGUGGUGGUGAUUUUGGAUGGUUUUCACUUUGAUUUAAGUAAAGGUCAUAUUGAGGUUGGCGAUAAUAACUUGAAAGGCAAAAGUAUUCAAGAUAUAGUGCCCCUUGAUGAUAUGACUAACAUUAUGGUUUCUCAAGAAAUUGGUGAAUUAUUGGAAGAAACGUUCAAAGGAGACGAUGAAGAAGGGGAAGGGAUAGAAGUAGAAAUGGAAGACAAGGCGCAAGUUCUGAAAGUGUGUGAAAAGAUUACAGUUCUUUGUAAAUCCAAUGCAACGAGGGUUUUAAAAACAAUUAAGUCUGUGUUGUUACCGCAGUUGCAUAAGUCACUGGCUGAGUUAACUUAUUACGACUCAUCUCAUAAGGUUAACAGAAAAAGGACUAGUAUUGAAAGAGAGGAAGAAGAUUUGAUAAAAGUGCCUAUUUCACUGGCAGUAGUUAAGUUGCUUCAACGCUUGCCGAAAGAAAUACUUGAACUGAAUCUGCCAGGCGUCUUUAUGAAGAUUUGCACCUUCUUAAAAUCCCAGUUGGAAUCUGUACGACGUGUUGCAAGGGAGACGUUACAAAAAGUCAUGCUCACGUUAGGACCGAAGUAUUUGAAAAUGUUAUUAAGUGAGAUGGCGCCACUACUGAAUAGAGGAUUUCAGGUUCACGUAUUGGUUUUUACGCUACACGGAAUUUUGAAUUGCUUAAAGGGAUUUUAUGAAGCUGGCGAUAUUGACGAAAUUGUGUUAACAGUAUUAAAUCUAUGCAUGGCUGAUCUCUUCGGAGUCCUUUCUGAAGAGAAGGAAAUAGUAAAAAUAAUGAGAAAAACUUCAGAAGCUAAAUCAACUAAAAGUUUUGAUACAUUACAAAUUUUGGGGAAAUAUAUUACGGAGAAAUGUCUGUUGGACGUGAUAAAACCCAUAAAAGAUCUAUUGGAAAUAAAUCACUCGUUUAAAACAGUACAAAAAGCCCAAGACGCACUAAGAAACAUGGCCUUGGGCCUGGUUGAUAAUCAAUUUAUAUCAGUAGAGUCGUUGUUGAAGUUCGCCUACGGGGUUUCUGCUCAAAAAAUCCCGCAAUUGCUACCCGUCUCUAAAAAUCAGUUGACUCAAAAGCUGAAGGUCGAGAGCGGAAGGGAGGAUUGUUUUAUCAUUCCAAAAAUACCGGGAAAUAGGACGGCUUUCAGGGAAGCAAAUGUGAAAAUGUCUUCAGAUACUAACGUACAUGUUAUGGUCGAAUUUGGUUUGCGGUUAUGUUACGUCUUACUAAAGAGGGAGAAGUUGAAAGAUGGUGAAUAUUUACCAUUCUUGGAUCCAUUUGUGUUGAUUUUUAGGGAUUGUUUGGCUUCCAAGCAUGUUAAGUUGUGUACUUUGACACUGCAAUGUUUAACGUGGAUGCUGAAAUACGAUAUACCGUCCUUGAAAACGCACAUAAAAGCAAUAACUAAAAACAUAUUUGGAAUUCUUCACAAGUACGCGUCAGCAGGUUUGAGUAAAGGCGAUAAUUUCGAUUUGGUCGCAGCAGCAUUUAAGGCAAUGGCGGUGAUUGUUCGAGAUAUUCAGUAUUACACUGUCGACCUAACACAACUGAAGACUCUUAUCAUAUAUAUCGAGCAAGAUAUGCACGAUCACGAUAAACAAGCCACAGCUUUUAAUUUGCUGAAGGCGAUAAUAGCCAGAAAAUUAGCAAUUGCAGAGAUACAGGCUGUCAUGGGUAAAGUCGCGGAGUUAAGUAUAACUUCUGAUAUGAACCAUGUUAGGGUCCAAGCCAGGGCGGUAGCUUUUCAAUUUUUGAUGGAAUACCCAUUAGGAAAUUCACUGGGCGGACAUUUAGGUUUUUAUAUGUCGCAAAUGAGUUACGAGAUGCAGUAUGGCAGGGAAUCGGCCAUUGGGAUGAUUCAGAUGCUGAUAAAUUCUUUUCCAUUGGUCACCCUUAAGAAGCAGAGCGGCUCGCUAUUUGUAUCUCUGGGAGCGAGACUAAUAAAUGACGACGUACCCGAAUGUAGAAAAAAGGUGGCGGAUUGUAUUUCUUCAAUGCUAACCAGAUUACCAAAAGUCGAUAGAGAUUCUCUUUUCGAAAUCACUACGGUCUGGCUGAAAGACAACAAUAUAAGCCAUAGGCGCUUGGCAGCACAGCUUUGUGGAAUAUUUGUAACGGUAGAAAAAGAUUCGUUUUCCGCCAGAUUGCCCUCUUUGACUCCACUUUUAAUGAAGCAGUUCGGUUUGACUGAUACACCUGGCAAAUUUGUUAAAUUAAAACAAGACAAAGACAUUUCUGAAGAGGAGCAACGGGUGAAAGAUCACCAUCAUUUCCAGGUUUUGCAAUUGAUCUUGAAAAUUUGUGCAAUUUGCCCAACUUUUCUUAAAGGCAAAGAGACUGUUGAAAAGUUAGCUUAUCACGCUCAAACGUUGCUAGCUUAUCCGCACGAUUGGGUGCGUCUGGCUUCUGCACAGUUUCUAGGCUAUGUUCUGUCAGUGUUGGACGUGGAUCAGUUAGGUUCGCUGCUACUAAAUAACUCGUCUGAAGAAUGCGGUUACUUGUUUGGUGAUCCAGAAAAUUGUAUUAAGAGUCUAACAUUAGAUUUGUGUGAUCAGCUACGAGCCAAAGACGUGAGGAGUGAUUUAGCAGAACAAGUUAUUAAGAAUCUGCUUACAAUUGCCAAAGUUUUAGCAAAAGUGCCAAUUAAUAGUGAUAAAAAAAUCAACUUACUCUGGUUAUCCAAACUAAUAAGAAAGGUAGUUAACAGAGAAGUAAUAGAAAAUUCUUCCAGUAUCGUCCUGAGGACGGAAGUGUUUAAGUGGAUUGCUGGUAUUGGAACAGCGUUAGAGUUGGUGAAUAUAAAGCCCAUCAUGAACCAUUUGCUUGCGCCAUUAGUAAGGGAAUUGAUUACUACUGACGAAAAGAAUGCACCUCUGCGACAGUUGGCGAAAGAAGUAGCUAACCAUCUGAAGAAGAGAAUCGGUUUGGAAGAAUAUACAACCGCGUUGCAAAAGUUAGAGCGUAAUUUAUCAGCGAGAAGGGCCGAGAGAAAGCGGUCGAGGAAUCAGUUAGCUGUCACAGACCCCGAGGUGUAUGCGAAAAAGAAGAUUAAGAGACAUGAAAUGAAGAAAACGUUGAAGAAAAGAAAAAUGGAACAAGUUAAAGGCAAGAAAAAUUUUAAACGGCGAAAAGUUGUUGAUUUGGAAGAUAGCUCAGAAGUAAUGUAAUAAUGUAAAAUUAGGCAAGAUUUGUAAUUCUUUAAUAUAUUGUAAAUAAAUUUAUCGUGGCAUUUGUUUUAGCAUCCGUCCUUAAACGCUUAACUUAUUGGUAGACAAAAUU